ACAGAUGUAGAGCUGAAACGACUGAAAGACGCCUUCAAGAGGACCUGUGGGCUCUCAUAUUACAUGAGCCAACACUGCUUCAUCAGGGAAGUGCUUGGGGAUGGAGUGCCUCCAAAAGUUGCUGAGGUGAUUUACUGUUCUUUUGGUGGGACAUCCAAAGGGCUGCACUUCAAUAAUUUAAUAGUUGGACUCGUCCUCCUUACAAGAGGAAGAGAUGAAGAGAAAGCAAAAUACAUUUUUAGCCUUUUUUCAAGCGAAUCUGGGAGCUAUGUUGUACGGGAAGAAAUGGAAAGAAUGCUCCAUGUGGUGGAUGGCAAAGUCCCAGAUACACUCAGGAAGUGUUUCUCAGAGGGUGAAAAGGUAAACUAUGAAAAGUUUAGAAAUUGGCUUCUUCUAAACAAAGAUGCUUUUACUUUCUCUCGUUGGCUACUAUCUGGAGGUGUGUAUGUUACCCUCACUGAUGAUAGUGAUACUCCCACUUUCUACCAAACUCUGGCUGGAGUCACACAUUUGGAGGAAUCAGACAUCAUUGAUCUUGAGAAACGCUAUUGGUUGUUGAAGGCUCAAUCCCGGACUGGACGAUUUGAUCUGGAGACAUUUGGCCCUUUGGUUUCACCACCUAUUCGUCCAUCUCUAAGUGAAGGUUUGUUUAAUGCUUUUGAUGAAAAUCGUGACAAUCACAUAGAUUUUAAGGAGAUAUCCUGUGGGUUAUCAGCCUGUUGCAGGGGACCCCUGGCUGAAAGACAAAAAUUUUGCUUCAAGGUGUUUGAUGUUGACCGCGAUGGAGUUCUCUCCAGGGUUGAACUGAGAGAUAUGGUAGUUGCACUUUUGGAAGUUUGGAAGGACAACCGUACUGAUGAUAUCCCUGAAUUACACAUGGAUCUCUCUGACAUUGUAGAAGGCAUAUUGAAUGCACAUGACACCACAAAGAUGGGCCAUCUUACUCUGGAAGACUAUCAGAUCUGGAGUGUGAAAAAUGUUCUUGCCAAUGAAUUUUUGAAUCUCCUUUUCCAGGUAUGUCAUAUAGUUCUGGGGUUAAGACCAGCUACUCCGGAAGAAGAAGGACAAAUUAUUAGAGGAUGGUUAGAACGAGAGAGCAGGUAUGGUCUGCAACCAGGACACAAUUGGUUUAUCAUCUCUAUGCAGUGGUGGCAACAAUGGAAAGAAUAUGUCAAAUACGAUGCCAGUCCUGUUGUAAUUGAGCCAUCAUCUGUUAUGAAUGGAGGAAAAUAUUCGUUUGGAAUAGCAGUAUAUCCUACGGAGCAGGGUGAAGAUAGAAUUGCAGGCAGCCUCAGUUAUGUGAAUACCACUGAAGAGAAAUUUUCAGACAAUAUUUCUACUGCAUCUGAAGCCUCUGAAACCACUAGCAGUGGUUUUCUGUAUUCUACCACAUCAGGGACAGAUGUUUGCUUUACUCGACAGCAUAACACUUCUGACAAUAACAACCAGUGUCUGCUAGGAGCCAAUGGGAAUAUCUUGUUGCACCUUAAUCCUCAGAAACCAGGAGCUAUUGAUAACCAGCCGUUAGUAACUCAAGAACCAGUAAAGGCUACAUCAUUAACACUAGAAGGAGGACGAUUAAAACGGACUCCACAACUGAUCCAUGGAAGAGAUUAUGAAAUGGUCCCAGAACCUGUAUGGAGAGCACUUUAUCAUUGGUAUGGAGCAAACCUGGCCUUACCUAGACCAGUGAUCAAGAAUAGCAAGACAGACAUCCCAGAGCUGGAAUUAUUUCCUCGUUAUCUUCUCUUCCUGAGACAGCAGCCUGCCACUCGGACACAGCAGUCUAACAUCUGGGUGAAUAUGGGAAAUGUACCUUCUCCGAAUGCACCUUUAAAGCGAGUAUUAGCCUAUACAGGCUGUUUUAGUCGAAUGCAGACCAUCAAGGAAAUUCAUGAAUAUCUAUCUCAAAGGCUGCGCAUUAAAGAAGAAGAUAUGCGCUUGUGGCUAUACAACAGUGAGAAUUAUCUUACACUCCUGGAUGAUGAGGAUCAUAGAUUGGAAUAUUUGAAAAUCCAGGAUGAACAGCACCUGGUAAUUGAAGUUCGCAACAAAGAUAUGAGUUGGCCUGAGGAGAUGUCUUUUAUAGCAAAUAGUAGUAAAAUAGAUAGACACAAGGUUCCCACAGAAAAGGGAGCCACAGGUCUGAGCAACCUGGGAAACACAUGCUUUAUGAACUCAAGCAUCCAGUGCGUUAGUAACACACAGCCACUGACGCAGUAUUUUAUCUCAGGGAGACAUCUUUAUGAACUCAACAGGACAAAUCCCAUUGGUAUGAAGGGGCAUAUGGCUAAAUGCUAUGGUGAUUUAGUACAGGAACUUUGGAGUGGAACUCAGAAGAAUGUUGCCCCUUUAAAGCUUCGGUGGACCAUAGCAAAAUAUGCUCCCAGGUUUAAUGGGUUCCAGCAACAAGACUCCCAAGAACUUCUGGCUUUUCUCUUGGAUGGUCUUCAUGAAGAUCUCAACCGAGUCCAUGAAAAGCCAUAUGUGGAACUGAAGGACAGUGAUGGCCGACCAGACUGGGAAGUAGCUGCAGAGGCCUGGGACAACCAUCUAAGAAGAAAUAGAUCAAUUGUUGUGGAUUUGUUCCAUGGGCAGCUAAGAUCUCAAGUCAAAUGCAAGACAUGUGGUCAUAUUAGUGUCCGAUUUGAUCCCUUCAAUUUUUUGUCUUUGCCACUACCAAUGGACAGUUAUAUGCACUUAGAAAUAACAGUAAUUAAGUUAGAUGGUACCACCCCUGUACGAUAUGGACUAAGACUGAAUAUGGAUGAAAAGUACACAGGUUUAAAAAAACAACUGAGCGAUCUCUGUGGAUUUAAUUCAGAACAAAUUCUUCUUGCAGAAGUACAUGGUUCUAACAUAAAGAACUUCCCUCAGGAUAACCAAAAAGUACGACUGUCAGUGAGUGGGUUUUUGUGUGCAUUUGAAAUCCCUGUUCCUGCAUCUCCAGUUUCAACUUCUAGUCCAAUACAGACAGAUUUCUCCUCUUCCCCAUCUACAAAUGGAAUAUUCACCCUAACUACCAAUGGGGACCUGCCUCGACCAAUAUUCAUCCCCAAUGGAAUGCCAAGCACUAUUGUACCAUGUGGAACUGAGAAGAGCUUCACAAAUGGAAUGGUGAAUGGUCAUAUGCCAUCUCUUCCUGACAACCCCUCCACAGGCUACAUCAUUGCAAUCCAUCGGAAAAUGAUGAGGACAGAACUGUAUUUCCUGUCAUCUCAGAAGAAUCGUCCUAGCCUUUUUGGAAUGCCACUGAUUGUUCCAUGCACUGUGCAUACUCGGAAGAAAGACCUAUAUGAUGCGGUUUGGAUUCAAGUGUCUCGGUUAGCCAGUCCACUCCCACCUCAGGAAGCCAGUAAUCAUGCUCAAGACUGUGAUGACAGUAUGGGCUAUCAGUAUCCAUUCACUCUACGAGUUGUACAGAAAGAUGGGAACUCCUGUGCUUGGUGCCCAUGGUACAGAUUUUGCAGAGGCUGUAAAAUUGAUUGUGGGGAAGAUAGAGCUUUCAUUGGAAAUGCCUACAUUGCUGUGGAUUGGGACCCCACAGCCCUUCACCUCCGCUAUCAAACGUCACAGGAAAGGGUGGUAGAUGAGCACGAGAGCGUAGAGCAGAGUCGCCGAGCACAAGCCGAGCCCAUCAACCUGGACAGCUGUCUCCGUGCUUUCACCAGUGAGGAGGAGCUCGGGGAAAACGAGAUGUACUACUGCUCCAAGUGUAAGACCCACUGCCUGGCCACCAAGAAGCUGGAUCUCUGGAGGCUUCCCCCGAUUCUGAUUAUUCACCUUAAACGAUUUCAAUUUGUAAAUGGUCGAUGGAUAAAAUCACAGAAAAUUGUUAAAUUUCCUCGGGAAAAUUUUGACCCUAGUGCUUUUUUGGUACCAAGAGACCCAGCUCUCUGCCAGCGUAAACCCCUCACACCCCAGGGGGAUGACCUCUCCGAGCCCAGGGUUCUGGCUGGAGAGGUGAAGAGAGUGGAUGCCCAGAGCUCAGCUGGGGAAGAGGAUGUGCUUCUGAGCAAGAGCCCCUCCUCGCUCAGUGCAAACAUCGUCAGCAGCCCAAAAGGUUCACCUUCUUCAUCAAGAAAAAGUGGAACCAGCUGUCCCUCUAGCAAAAACAGCAGCCCUAACAGCAGCCCACGGACCUUGGGGAGAAGCAGAGGGAGACUCCGGCUACCCCAGAUUGGCAGCAAAAAUAAGCUGUCAAGUAGUAAGGAGAACUUGGAUGCCAGCAAAGAGAAUGGGGCUGGGCAGAUCUGUGAGCUGGCUGAUGCUCUGAGUCGAGGGCAUAUGCUGGGGGGCAGCCAACCUGAGCUGGUCACCCCUCAGGACCACGAGGUGGCUUUGGCCAAUGGAUUCCUUUAUGAGCAUGAGGCGUGUGGCAAUGGCUACGGCAGUGGUCAGCUUGGAAACCACAGUGAAGAGGACAGCACUGAUGACCAAAGAGAAGAUACUCGUAUUAAGCCUAUUUAUAAUCUAUAUGCAAUUUCGUGCCAUUCGGGAAUUCUAGGUGGGGGCCAUUAUGUCACUUAUGCCAAAAACCCAAACUGCAAGUGGUACUGUUACAAUGACAGCAGCUGUAAGGAACUUCAUCCUGAUGAAAUUGACACCGACUCUGCCUACAUUCUUUUCUAUGAGCAGCAGGGGAUAGACUAUGCACAAUUUCUGCCAAAGAUUGAUGGCAAAAAGAUGGCAGAUACAAGCAGCAUGGACGAAGACUUUGAGUCUGAUUACAAAAAGUACUGUGUGUUACAGUAAAGCUACCACUCUGGCCACUAGACAGUCCAGUAGUGAGGGAGAUGACUCCUUGUAGCUGACAUUUGGCAAAAGCAUCACUGAAAGGCAAACUAAUUGUAGUUAUUUUAUCCUGUGACCCUGAAGCACAAAAUAAAAAUCCUAAUUAAAAUAGUAGUUAACUUUAAGAGUAGUAAUAAUUUUGUUUUGGUGUCUCAUACAAACUCUCGAUAGAGAAAUUUCAGGCAGAUCCCACCAUUAGCCUGUAAACAAAAAGGUUUGGCACCAGCCACCUGGGACCAAAUAAGAAUUAAAUUGUGCUUGUCCAGAUAUGAACAAAUAUGUAGUGAGUAUAGAGUUUACCAAUAAUCGUAACAAAAUACUAAAGAUUUCCUUGGAGUCAAAGUAAAAAACAAAUGAUAGUGUUGUCUGAAGACGACAUGAUAUGCUACCUCCUUUUUCCUGAAGUUUUAUUCCAUUAUAUUGACAAGAUUGGAGAAAGCAAGAUCAUGAAGCUGUGCAAAUGAUUGUUAAGGCAUAAACGAAGAUUUUUUUAAUUUAUUUUUUAAACCAUUUCCCUGCUCUUUCUAUGUCUUUCUUGCUUUUUGUUUUUGUUCUUGUGUUUGUGUUUGAGACACAACCAGUCAUUGGUGGCAGAGACAUAAUAGUGGUCAGUCCAAAAGAACGAGUCUCUUAAGAGCUAUGUGCCUUCCACCCAGGGCUUUGGUUGGGAAACCCAGUGGAAAGAAAAAGCAUCCUGGGAAAUCCAGUUAAACAGCCUUCCUGAGGAGGCAUCUUACUUUUAGGAUACUUCAAGUAUCCACAGAAAUGUAUAUCCCCCCACUGCUGAGAGUGUCGUGGUAGUUGCCAAUAUUUGUACCAUCUCCACAUGCACAUGUUGCACAGAGAGCUUCUGGGAAGGUAAGCAGCAUCAAAGCUAGAUAGGGUUUCACAGCUAGUGGUUGUUUUUUCCUGUUUGUUUUGCACUUUAAAAAAGAGAUAAUACAUGCAAAUGAACUUACUUGUUUGUAUUUGAUGGCUGUAAGGGCUAUUGGGGUAUUUUCCCCAUCAUAUUAAAUUUUAAAAUAAAACACAUCCAAAACAUUGAUAGUUCAUAACAUUUUAAUGAAAUUGGUGGUUUUAGAAAGUAAACUUUUAUUUUGUUUUAUUUGCAUGUCCAUUUUUUUUUAUUUUGAUACUUGUUUUUUUAAAAAAUAUUUUACAGUAGUCAUCAAAUGUUGCUGCUUUGCUUACUUUAUUUUUUCCUCUGGAUUAUUCAAGACUGGAACAAACGUAUAAGUGUUAUUUAUUUUAGGUAGCAUUUUUUUCCUGUGUUGUUUUUUAAAUAUAUAUUCAAAGAAAUGAUUCACCAUAUUUUUGGAUUUUGUUUAUUCAUCUAGACCCUGCAAGUUGAUUCUCAUUAAUUAUCAGAUUCCAUUACCCUCUCCCCCUUCUAAGUAGUCAUUACCAGUGUAAUUAAGCAUUUGUGUCCUGAUAGCUGAGGCCAGUAUCUAUCUAGUUCUUCUCAGAACAUUUGGAAAGGUCGUCUCAAAUGACUACCUAAGUUGAAAUUCUUUUCAGAAAAAGAAUAUAAUUGCAAAUAGGAGGGAGUGGCCUAAAUUGUAUAAUGUAAUAAAGCCAGACAAAAUGCAUACUUUAUAGUUUGAAGAUUUUCAGUAUGUAAAAUCUGCCCAUUCCUUACCUGGACAUGUCCCGUUAAAAAGUGGAGGAUUUUAAAUAAUUUCUUUACAGAUAUUUUAUUUAAGCAGGUAGCACAAUCUACUAAUGUUGUUUGAUCUGUGUUUGUUAUACUGGUUGUAAUUAAUUUUUUAAUUCAUGAACUAGCAGAAAAUCUAUUAAAUUAACUAUUAACUACAUUCACCUUGUAAAUUACUGUAUAAAACUUGUUGACGAUGCACUGACUUUAGAAAGAUGUUAAUGUACAUAAAUAGAGUGUAAAUAAAAUAGUGUUGAUGUACUGAAAUAUGAACUGUAUAAAAAAGUAUUGGUAAUUGUAUAUGGAGUGUACCUGUUUAUCUGUAACUAUUAUCCCAACAAAUUAAAUACUGUGGAUGCCUUUAUGUGCUGUUUUUCCUCUUACAAGUAAAUGCAAAAAGUCAAAUUCUC